UCAGUCGUGAGAGAGUCGCAGGUUUUAGUCAUGAACUUAGACUGUGACUGAAACUGAAUUCUGUUCCUGUUCCAUGGAAGACUGAUACAUUUAGUUGUAACAUUCUGGAGAGCUUCAGGAAAUACGAACACGUCUCCAUAAGACACAACCCUUUGGACAGGAAAGGACAUUUUAUCCAGAGAAACUCCGGCAAUUAAACUAGGAUCAAAUGUUCCAUUAGAUCUAUUGGAAUGAUUUAAAUCGAAGUUUCCUCUCCACUUUACAGCAAACAAGGAUCAGGACUGCCUUCAAUCUCAACCCAGUGCAGAAAGUGACCUCUGGUGGAUCGCAGCUUUUAAGCAGUUACUCUGCCAUUGGAAGGGGAAACUCAUAGGAACAAGUCUCUUGGAGGAUAGAUGGUGAGUGGGCUCAGACGUGUUCUUCAAAGACGUUAAUCCCACUCAAUGCCCUCUUGAUAACUCUCCGGUAUGUCAGCCUCUGAAAUUUGAAUUGCUCUCAAACUAGUCUUGGGAUUUGAUGGGAUUUCUUUGCACCUGAAGGUAGAGCCCAGGGUGUGUGAUAUGAAUGAGAGCUUGGAUGAAGAAUGCUUCAACAUCUCAAAUCCAGACACAUGCCUUGCUUCCCAGAUGGCCCUGAUCACCUUGAUCGCGGCUCCUCUCUCCAGCAUCAUCAUCGUAGGAAACCUGGUCAUCAUGGUGGGGAUCAUCGGCAACAAGAGCCUUCACAACCCCACUAACUACUACUUCCUGAGCUUGCUGCUGGCUGGCCUAGCCACUGGCAUCAUCCUGCCUUCCAUCCCCAUGAUGAACUUCAAGAGUGAGUUUGCCUUCCAAAUCUGCUUCUUCUUUCAUCUCUUCCCAAACUUCAUCUUCCUCGCCUUCCUCUCCAACCUGCUGGUGGUUCACUAUGACAGGUACGUCUGCAUCAUCUCUCCUUUCCAGUAUGCUGUUUCCUGGAUUCACAAGUAUGUCCCCAUAGUCAUAUUCACUGCCUGGCUCCUGCCCUUGCUGUUUGCCUCGUUGCCCCUUUUUGGCUGGAACAACUGGAGCCCUGGUGCCCCGCUUUGCUAUUUCAAAUGGAUUUUCCUCCCUGCCUACAUCUACCUCGAGAUGUACGGCCUGCUUAUCCCAUCCAUCUUAGCCAUCACAGCAAUGACGAGCCAAGUCCUCCACGUGGCACGAAAGCAAAUGAAAGCAAUUAAGAAGAUGCAUCGAGCAGUCCACAGUGACUCAGCUUCUCUUGAGAAACAACUGGACUUUAAAUACACCAAGUGCGUUAUGAUGCUGUUUAUAACCUUCCUGGUUUGCUGGGUCCCUUACAUUGUUUUCAUCCACGUCUCGUUCUUUGUGAAAAACAGUGGUUCGAGGACGCGCAUCAUCCUGUCCUGUUUAGGAACCAGCAGUGCUGCUUUUGUCCCCUUCAUCCUAGUCUUCAGCAACAAGGAAUACUUCAAACUGUGGCGAAAUGUUUUCCGAAGAGUUUGCCAAAUGCGCGGCAAUGACGCUAGUGUCAACUGAAUUUUUGUUAUCUGCUACUUAUUUCCGAGGUAAAUGUAGGGGAAUGGGUCUGGGUGGGUUGCUCUUCGGAGGGUCGGUGUAGAGAUGUACAGCACAGAAACAGACCCUUCGGUCCAACUCGUCCAUGCUGACCGGAUAUCCUAAUUCAACCUUGUCCAUUCAGUCUCCCGAGUCUACACCACCAUUCAUUGAGAUCACAGCUGAUCAUAGAGUCAUCGAGAUGUACAGCAUGGAAACAGGCCUUUCAGUCC